GUUCCUCCUCCACUUUCAAUGGGCGUGACUGUUGGAGCCUGCAGAGCAGCAGUGAAGUGUCUCUGCUUGUUGUCCGUCACCGGUGAAUAUAGCCGACAUGUCGAGCACAGAGGAGUAUGACUGCGUAGUGAUCGGGGCCGGGGUGCAGGGCUCCUUCACGGCCUACCGGCUGGCGAAGAACAACCAGAGGACUCUUCUGCUGGAGCAGUUCGUCCUGCCCCACACCCGAGGGAGCUCCCACGGCCAGACCCGCAUCAUCCGCAAGGCCUACGAGCAGGACUUCUACACCCACAUGAUGGAGGAGUGCUACGAGCUGUGGGCUCAGCUGGAGAGGGAGGCAGGUGUCCGACUGUACAGACAAACAGGACUCCUGGUGAUGGGACCGGAGAACAGCCAGAAUUACCAGCUGAUUAAAACCACCCUGGAGAGGAACAAGGUUCCCACGGUGGUCCUGACCCGUGACAACUUCAGCCAGCACAUCCCCAACUUCAACCUGGCCGAGGGAGAUGGAGCGGUGGUGGACAUAACUGCUGGCGUUCUGUAUGCUGACCGCGCACUCAAGACCGUACAGGGGCAGUUUCAGAAGUUGGGUGGGAUCAUAAGAGACAAAGAGAAGGUAAUGGACAUCAAACCCGGCCCGGUUGUGACAGUGUCAACCUCUGCCGGUGUUUAUCGAACCAAGAGACUGGUGAUCACGGCCGGACCCUGGGCUAAUAGACUGCUGAGCCACACUGGCUUACAGCUGCCACUGGAGGUGGUGAAGAUCAACGUGUGCUACUGGAAGGAGAAGGUUCCUGGAUCAUACGACGUGAAGCGGCGCUUUCCCUGCUUCCUGCUCACUGAGGGCGAAGAGGCCGACGAACACAUCUACGGCCUCCCGUCCAACGAGUACCCGGGUCUGGUGAAGAUAUGCUACCACAUGGGCAGCGAGACGGACCCGGACCAGAGAGACAAGCAGACAGACAGGUCUGACAUCGACAUCCUCCAGCGCUACGUCGCCCGCUGUUUACCAGGCCUGAUCCCUGAACCUGCCGUGGUGGAGAGCUGCAUGUAUACGCUAACACCUGACCGUCAUUUUGUGCUGGACCGUCACCCCAACCACAGUAACAUAGUGAUCGGAGCCGGAUUCUCAGGUCACGGCUUCAAGUUUGGACCAAUCAUUGGGAAGCUUCUGUGUGAACUCAGCCUGGGAGAAGUGCCUUCCUACGACCUUUCACCUUUCCGAAUCACACGCUUCCAGGCGAAGACCAAAUCAGCUCUAUAGAGCUUUAUAGAACUGGAGCAUCAAGAAGUUUUAUGUAAUUGUAACGAACGUAUGAUUUGACAUUGUUGUGGUAAUUUAGCACAAUCACACAAUAUGUUUUGUCUACUGUUUUAUUUGAUGUUGCCAAUUCCACAUGGCGUGAUCAGCUGUGCAGCACUUAAAGGUCCCAUAUAAGCUAAAGGUCUCUGUCCAUGUGUAGUGUGAUUAUAGAUCAGCUCUAGCUUCUAU